CUUCUGUGACAUUUUACCACGUGGUUCGCCAUUUUUAUGGAGGUCUAGUUGGUUUGGACCCAAUGAACAGCAGUGUUAAGCAUUUAUAGAAUCUGGCUUGUGGCUGACUCAUGUUUCUGGCUAAUUGCUAGCAACAGUGAGAAAACAGGGACAAAUAUGUGAAAGAACUUUAAGAACAUGGCAUAUUGGAGCCGGACACGAGCUGUAUUUGAUGUUGCACUCAAGGUUCAUCAAACUAUACAAGAAAGAGACCUUGAAGUUGGUCGUAACCUUGGCAACUGGAUCCUUCACUGGCUUGACAGAGUGAAACCAUCAGCACAAAUCCGAGGAGGCAAGCCCCCAUCCGAUGGGAAUGCAAACACAAGCACGACAAAGCAGCUAACCAACUCAUCUCACCAGAAAACUCCUGGGGGAUCCCGAAGUUUCAGUGCAAGAGACAGGGACCGAGAGUCUGAUAAGCAUCUGUUUACCUCCUCAAAGAACAUAUGGUCGAAACCCUUUCCCACCAUUGCAAUGAUGAUCCAGCCUGCAAAGCCUGCUGGAACUAACAUGCAGUACAGACAAUUGUGCAUUGGUAGCCCUGAAGGUUUCAAAGUAAACCAUGGAAGAUUUGGUUUUGAGGGAGUGAUUCGGAAGGAUAUAAUGCAGUGGAUACUGCCACACUAG